AUGAAUUCUGCAAACAUUAUCGAAUCGGCCGAGAUGAAGUUCGUUGCUGACGAAUUUUCCAAUGAUUUGAUCUGGUACACCAGAGAAAAGAACAAGGCCAACAACAAACGCCGCUCUACCUCACGAAAAAAUUCCGGCAGCAAUGUUCCAUCGGUAACCGUCAACAAGAAGUACUCUGGUAGCAACAGUCGCCUUUUGGCAUAUAGUCGCAUGGAGGAAGAUGAGGAAGAACUCGGUACGCCCAUCAACAUCUACCGAGAACAUCGAGGUCACUUGGAACAAGACAAAAAGGCACGCAUAGAAUUAGACACUCAGAUACUCAAGGAUGAUCUUUAUGUUCCUGUACAUGCUGAGGAAUCUCAACAAUCAACGGCGUCCGUCAGAACCGACUACAAGUUGAAUAAAUCAUCAAGCCAACACUCCUCGUCGCACGUUUUGCCGACAUCAACGACAUCAAGAGGUAUUAACGUCGGAAAUCUGGCCUCCUUCUUGCCACCAGUUGCCUCAAAAUUCUUACCUCUUUCCCUUGGUUACAACAACGUGGGAAUCAUGGAGAGCGGCAACAGAGGAUUUAAUGACAUGUGGGGUUAUUAUCAUCAGAAUGAAAUGUUUGCAAAUGGAAUGGACAACGUCAAGGGUGUUUGCUGUUCAUGA